AUGAGUCAGGUUAUAGAGAUUUCGGAUGUGGAGAGUGACAAUUUAAUAUUGCAUGAAGCUGAGAAAAUAGUUGACUUAUCUUCGGACACUUUCAGUCAAGUUCAUAAAGGAAAAAGUGAAGAGAAAUUUGAAAUAGUUGUGAAUGACGAAAGUAGUGUUCCCUCUUCACCAGAAUUUGAAAUAUAUGCAACUAAAGGGCAAAGUUUGAAUAAUUCUCGAAUGUCCAAUUCUAUGGAGAUAUCUGUGCCAUUUCUGAAUGAUAGAACAAAUGACAAGGUAGCAUUCGAUGAUAUGUCAGAUGAAACACACGGAAAUGGAUCUUUAGAUUCUCCUUUAAAGAAGAAUAGUUCGCCAUUAUCCAAGGGUAAAAGGUUAUUGGAUGGUAUUAUUUCUGACGACUUAUCAAGAGAAAGUAAUGAUUUUGAAACAAUCAAUGAUGAUCUAGAAAAGAAGAAGAGUAACAUUAGAAGCUUAGCCAAGGCCUGGAGGAGAGCUUCACGAAAAGUUGAAGCAGAUGUACCUGCAAGUACAGAAACAUCUCCCAAAAUACGACGAAAUGAUGAUCUUCCCGAAGUAUCUAAUAGAAUGGACCCAAGCGGCCACGAUAUUCAAUUACCUUCACAAAAUAUAUUUGAUGAGUUUCCAUUAUCAUCUUCAAUACUUGUCAAGAAAAAUGGAAAUCAAAAAACACCUGAUGGUACUCAUGCUGACGGACAAGGUGUGGAUGAAAAUCCAUUGGAAGAAUCUUUGUCCUUUAUAAGGGCAGAGGGUGAUGUUUCUUCUGUAAGAAAUGAUUACAGAGGAACUAGAAAGGAUGAAAGUAGUAAGCAGUUACUAAAUGCGGAAUCCAUGUCAGGAGAAAUUGUACAUUCAGUUGAGCUGAACGUGCCAAACUUUCUUGUGGAUAAUUCAUGUAAUUUUGGCUUGAACUCCGAAUCUACACCAAAUAAGAAGAAAAGGAAGCGGGCAUUAAAUGUUAAGGAAUCUACUAUGUCCAAUGCUGAUUUAGUCCUUCCUGUUAGGAGGUCUUCGCUGGGUAUGAGUGUUGGAAAAGAUAUCCAAACAGAGAAAUUGAGCCAAUAUAUAGUUAAUGCAAAACACUAUGAUGAUAAUGAGUCCAAAAGUAUGCUUCAAAAUUGCCUAAGGCACAAUAAGAAAAAUUUUAAACAGGUCAAUCAAAUAUAUCGAGACAAUCAAAAGGCGAGAGUAGAUAUAAUCAUGGAAACAACCAAAAAAAUGUUAGAUACUUUUGAGAAAUCAGUGUUAAAUUUUAAGGAACUGGUCUCCCCUGCAAUCGUGCAGACAGCAUAUAAUAAUACCCUACCUUUAAUUAGAUUUUUCAGAAAAUGUUACAGUAUUUAUGAUUUGAGUCAUGACUACUAUUAUCCAGAGGAAAUGAAAAUAGUUGAAGAAAAUAUUUGCAUUUUCUAUUUUGAUGCUCAAGAAUUUUUUGGAAAAUACUCUGAGGACAAGAGGGGUUUGUACAAGUUAAUUAGAGAAUAUUCAAAGAGAGGUAAAUACGUUAUCUUGGUGUUAAAUGGUCUUACUGAGUUUAAAAGGGCGAUUGAUACCUUAGAAGACAACAAUUAUAAAGCGAAAGUCCAAGAGAGACUAUCGGGCCACUCUCCAACUAAAAAAGUGAACAAAAGGUUGGAGCAUAUCAAAGAUAUGGGAAUCAAAAAGUUUGAUCUUGAGCAAAGGCUAAGGUAUAUUGAUAGAGAGUGGAAUGUAAAAGUGCAUACAGUGAAUUCACACCUCGAGUUCAUAACAUGUUUACCUAAUUUAAUCUCAUUGCUGGGUAAACAACGAAUGGAUCCUGCCAUUCGAUUUAUGAAAUAUGCACAUAUUAAUGUCAGAUCAGGUAAAGAUAGAGAGGAUAUUUUAAAGAAAACUCUGCAUGAAACUGUUAAGAUGUCAGAAUUAAAGGCACGAGGCGUUGUAUCGAUAUAUCCAACUUUUCAAGAGUUACUAACAGAUUUUGAAAAGGGUCAGUUAAGGUCAGGUCUCGAUGGGAAGCAUCUUCUUACUGAAGCUAUGGAAAAGCGUUUGUAUAUAAUGUUAACUAGUAAAAAUCCGGACGAUGUGAUACCAUGA